ACCACUAUCCGAUCUGAUUGCAAGGAAACAACGGAACAGCUCGCGUCUUUUCUGUUCUUUACUUCUGUCCGACUCUCCCUGUGUCUCUCUCAAGAGGAAAACCCUAGAUCUGAAUAGCGUUCAGAGGAAAACUGAAGCCCCCGCGAUCAUGAAGACCAAGAAGCCACUGGCCGAGCUAAAGGUCGUCGUGUCCUCUCAAGAGAAGCCGGUAACUGAUUUCUUGACGGCGAGUGGGACUUUUCAGGAUGGGGAUUUGCUCCUUAACAGAAAAGGGUUGCGUUUAAUCUCUGAAGAAAGUAGCAGCCAGCCACCAGAUGUUAAAGAUUUGGAUAUGCAAUUCACUAUGGAAGACUUUGAGACCGUUAAAGUUAUUGGAAAAGGAAGUGGUGGCGUUGUUCAACUUGUUCGGCACAAAUUUAUUGGGACUUUGUUUGCUUUGAAGGGUAUCCAGAUGAAUAUUCAAGAGACAGUCCGCAAGCAGAUUGUCCAAGAGAUUAAAAUAAAUCAAGCCUCACAGUGCCCUCAUGUGGUUGUUUGUUACCAUUCAUUCUACCAUAAUGGAAUUAUUUCUCUGGUCCUAGAAUACAUGGAUCGGGGUUCUCUUGCGGAUAUAAUUAGACAAGUCAAAACAAUUCUUGAGCCUUAUCUUGCAGUUCUAUGCCAACAGGUUUUAAAAGGUCUAGUAUAUCUUCACAAUGAAAGACACAUAAUUCAUAGGGAUAUAAAGCCAUCAAACUUGUUAGUGAAUCACAACGGUGAAGUGAAGAUAACCGAUUUUGGAGUGAGUGCCGUGCUUGCUAGUUCUAUGGGUCAGAGAGAUACAUUUGUGGGUACAUACAACUAUAUGGCGCCUGAAAGGAUUAGCGGAGGCUCAUAUGAUUUUAAAAGUGAUAUUUGGAGUUUGGGAUUAGUUAUUCUUGAGUGUGCUACAGGCUCCUUUCCAUAUAAGCAAACUGAAAAUGAGGAAGGGCCUUUGAGCUUUUAUGAACUUCUAGAGACCAUUGUAGAAGAGCCACCACCAAGUGUGCCGGAGGAUCAGUUCUCUCCAGAGUUCUGUUCAUUCAUAUCUGCUUGCAUACAAAAAGAUCCUCAGCAGAGAAUGUCUUCUUCGGAGCUUCUGAGUCAUCCAUUCAUCAAGAAGUUUGAGGACAAAGACAUUGAUCUGGGAAUCCUUGUAGGCAGCUUAGAUCCUCCGGUUAAUUUACCCGUGUAAAGCGUAUUGCUUUGUGGCAAUCAAAAUGAAUUAUGAUGAAGAAUUAUAGUGCUAUAAGAACUGCGAAAUUAAUUUCCAAUAUGAUUCUGAAAGCAUCAGAAUACCGGAUUGCAUUGAGGAGGAUGUUACUAGUCUAGAAAUGAGAGUGAUUUGUCUUUGGGGACUGUAACUGUUUUAGAUUGCUCACUAUAUGACAAUCUCGGUUGAAGUUGGGAGGUUUGGGACA